GAGUCAGACAUCGCCUUCCAUUUCCGAGUCUACUUUGGCCAUUGUGCGGUGAUGAACAGCCUUCAGGCUGGGGGCUGGAAGAAUGAGGUGAGGUCCUCCCAUGUGCCCUUUGUGGAUGGCCAACUUUUUGACCUGCGUAUCUUGGUGCUGCAAAAUGAAUACCAGGUAGUGAUAAAUGGCCAACACUGUUACAGCUUUGCCCACCGACUCCAGCCGGGGUCUGUGAGGAUGAUGCAGGUGUGGAGAGAUGUUUCCCUGACUUCGGUGGAUAUCUCCUAGGGAGCGAACUGAUGACACUCUCCAUGGUCCAGAAGCGCCCUUGAUCUUUGUGACCAUGGAAUUCACAGAGCUCACUAAUAAAAUCAGUUUCCCCUUGCCCUUCCCCCACAAUUGGUCAUUAAAAGUUAUGCAAACUUUACAGGAUCU